AUGGCUGAAAUAGAGUUUUAUAGUGAAGAGCUAGUUGUGAGAGUGGGGGACUGGGAUGUACAGUCCGAGAGAGAACCUCUCCCAUACCAAGACACGAGAGUGACUACAGUAAGAGUACACCCUCAGUACGAUCGCUCCACUCUGGCCAACGACAUUGCAGUGUUGACUCUAGCCCAGGGACUGAGGCUCUACCCUGACGUGCCUCAUGUCAAUAGCAUCUGCCUCCCUCUGCCCACAACGGAGUUCACUGAGGAAUGGUGCUGGGUGAGUGGAUGGGGCAAGGAUGCUUGGGGAAUGGUUGGCCGCUUCCAGAGUGUACAGAAGGCUGUGGACGUGGGUGUCGUGAGUGGAGCAGAGUGUGAGGCUCGACUGAGACACACUCGGCUUGGCAGACACUACAAAUUGGACGACCACAGCUUCCUGUGUGCCGGGGGAGAGAAGAAUAAGGACGCUUGUACUGGUGACGGGGGAGCGCCGCUAGUAUGUGAGGGACCCGUAGGACACUGGACGUUGGCAGGACUGGUGGCAUGGGGUGUUGGUUGUGCUCAACCUAACAUACCCGGUGUCUAUGUCAACAUCCCCUCCAUGGUUCCAUGGAUAGUACAAACAGUGCAGUCACUACGCAGCAACGCUUCUGCUCUCAGCUUUCUAUUGUAAUUGAUGGUGUUCAAUACAAAUUUGUUUUUUGAGAAGUGUUUUGAUUUUUGUUUAGAAUAUUUGAUACUUUGAUUUACCCAUUGAUCAAUUGUUACUAUAGUUUUAACCGUUAUAUAAUUUGUACAAUACGCCUACUUGUAAUUUUCAACAUAUAAGCUACAGGCUAACUGUACCAUUUUUACAGCUACAGGGCUACAGGGCUUUUAUAUAAGCUGCAGGGUCUUUGUUCUUCAGAUUUCAGUAAUGUAUCUCAUGUGCCAUCACUAUUUCUUCCAGCCCACUUUCGUUUUUUCUGUUAUUUUUGUCUGAUUAGAGUUUUUUUUUUUUUUUUAAUUUUGAAACAACUACAACUCUUACUCAGUGGUGUAGUCAAAACACUUCAUUGUGGAAAUUCUCAC